CUGCUGGUGCCGGCCAUGGGGUUGAGGAUGGAGCUGCCCGCGCCUCUGCAGCGCCUGCCCGGGGCUGUGCGGCUCCUCGCCGUCUCCUUCCACCUCCUCCUGCUGCUCCAGCUCCAAGCGCCCCAGACCUGCUGGGGCAAGUACGUGAAAGGGAAUAUCAGCACCAAGGAGGACUGGGUAUUCUUGACUCGAUUCUGCUUCCUUUCUGACUAUGGGCGCCUGGACUUCAGAUUCCGCUACCCAGAGGCCAAAUGCUGCGAGAACAUCCUUCUUUAUUUUGAUGAUCCUUCCCAGUGGCCCGCCGUCUACAAGAAGGGAAACAAGGAUUGUUUGAUGAAGGAGUCUGUGAUCCGUCCAGAGAACAACCAGGUGAUCAACCUCACCACCCAGUAUGCCUGGUCUGGAUGCCAGUUGGUGACAGAAAAUUCGGUGCGGUACUUGAGCUGCGCCAGCGGCAGAAGUUUCCGCUCGGUUCGUGAGCGGUGGUGGUAUGUGGCCCUCAGCAAGUGUGGGGGCGAUGGGCUGGAACUGGAGUAUGAGAUGAUCCUCACCAAUGGCAAAUCGCUUUGGACGCGGCACUUCUCGGCUGAUGAGUUUGGCAUCCUGGAGACAGACAUAACUUUCCUGCUUAUCUUCAUCCUAAUCCUCAUCAUCUCCUGCUACUUUGGCUAUCUUUUGAAGGGACGGCAACUUCUCCACACCACUUACAAGAUGUUCAUGACGGCGGCUGGGGUGGAGGUGCUCAGCCUGAUGUUCUUCUGCAUAUAUUGGGGCCAGUAUGCAAGCGAUGGCAUUGGAAACGGCAGCCUCAAGAUCUUGGCCAAGCUCCUUUUUUCUGUCAGUUUCCUGAUCUUCCUCCUGAUGCUUAUCCUUCUGGGAAAAGGAUUCACUGUCACCAGGGGUCGGAUCAGCCACACCGGCUCUAUCAAGCUUUCUGUGUACAUGACGCUCUACACGAUCACUCAUGUCGUGCUCUUCAUCUACGAGGCUGAGUUCUUUGAUCAAGCGCAGGUGCUGUACACUUACGAAUCGCCGGCUGGAUACGGCCUGAUCGCAUUGCAGUUUGUGGCUUACAUCUGGUUCUGCUACGCCAUCCUGAUCACUCUUAAGCAGUUCCCAGAGAAACAGCCCUUCUAUGUGCCAUUUUUCGCCGCUUACACCCUCUGGUUCUUUGCUGUCCCAGUCACUGCGCUUAUUGCCAACUUUGGCAUCCCCAAGUGGGCACGGGAGAAGAUAGUCAACGGGAUCCAGUUGGGCAUCCACCUUUAUGCCCAUGCCGUAUUUCUGAUCAUGACACGGCCCUCGGCAGCCAAUAAGAACUUCCCGUACCACGUGCGGACAUCGCAGAUUGGGAUUGUGGAGGAGGUGGCAUCCGGGGCGAAGUUCCCGCACCACGUGUACGGCAAUGUGACGUUCAUCAGCGACUCGGUGCCCAACUUCACGGAACUCUUUUCCAUCCCACAGAGUACCGGGAGCAGCUCAAGCAACCCCCGCAAACAGGUGGAGGAGACGUCAUCCGCCGACCGUAACCUGACCCCCAGCUGCGUGGUCACCACCUCGGAGCUCAGCGGUGCCCCUGUGCUGUUGAAACCGUCCCUGGGGGGCGAGAGCCAGCCGCCCCCCUAUCAGCUCCAUGCGCCCCAACUCCACCAGCACAAUGGCUACACCGAGUAUUUCAGCAUGCACACGACGGGUGCCCGGCCCGUCUAGGCUUCUCCUUGACUGUCCUGAUCCUUUGUGGCUUCCUCCGCUUCCUUUCUCAACAUUUUUCUGGGUGGGUGGGGGGAGGCCUGCCUCAACCCCCAACCCGUUUCUCCUCUGG